CUGAGGCUCCGAAUGGGAAUCUCUAGGCGUGUUUACUCAGCGGGUGGGCCCUCUGACCGCCAUCUUGUGAGUGGGUGCCAGUGAUGCGGGGCACGGUCUCCCGAAGUGGUCCCAGGUUACCUAGGCAACUGUUAGCUCGCCAUCUUGGUGAGGGAAUGACCCCGCCAACCGGCGGCCAUUUUGUUGAGGAUGUCAGGUCUUUGGGGAAAUAGUGAAUGGGAAUCGUUAGGUAUGUCUUUUGUGAUUUUUUUCAAUCCUGCAUUUACAGACUGGAAAAUGUAGUCGAACACCACAAGAAGAUGUUACAGUCAUCCCAUUCAGCAGGACCUGACUAUGAUUGGAUUUUGAAUAUGAAAGGAGAAAUGUCUGAUGCUUUGCAUGUGGGGAAAUAUUUCAUACCUGAGGAUGAUUUAGCAAAACACUGAAACUAUCACACACCCCAGAAUGAGAAUGUUCUGGUGCAAAGGUUGUGAAAAGAGCGCUAACCAGUUAACGUGGUCUGACUGAGUGCACUGACUAUGGAGAGAGCUUUAAUGAAUUACACAGCCUGAAAAAAAUCACAACAUUCACAGUGUGGAGAAAAUAUCAGUGUUGUGUCCUUAAAAAAAGCUUCAACUGAUCGUUCAAUCUGGGGAGAUGCAAGAACACACAGAGCAUGGAGAAACGAUGGAAAUGUGAGGACUGCAGUAAAGGAUUUGAUUAUCCAUCUCUGCUGGAAAUUCAUCGACGCAGUCAUACAGGUGAGAGACCAUUCAUCUGUUCCGUGUGUGGGAAGGGAUUUACUAAAUCAUCCAGCCUUAUGUACCACCAGCGAAUUCACACUCAGGAGAAGCCAUUCAGCUGCACUUACUGUGGAAAACAAUUCAGGCAGUCAUGCAACCUCACUGCACACCAGCGAAUUCAUACUGAGGAAAGGCCAUUCAGCUGCACUCACUGUGGAAAAAAGUUCAGGCAGUCUUCAAAUCUCACUGCGCACCAACUAAUUCACACUGGCGAGAAGUCAUUCAUCUGCUCUGUGUGUGGGAAGGGAUUUGCUCAGUCAUCAGGACUUUGGUCCCACCAGCGAAUUCACACUGGGAAUAAGUUAUUCAGUGACAUUUCCACUACAAGGAGGUUGAAGUCUUCAACUGGCCUCACGUCACAAGAUGAUCCUAGAGAGAAGCCAUUUAUCUGCUCUGUGUGUGGAAAGGGAUUUAGUCAGUCAGGCAGCCUCCUGCUACACCAGCGAAUUCACACUGAGGAGAGGCCAUUCAGCUGCACUCAGUGUGGGAAGAGGUUUAAGCAUUCAAACACCCUCACUGCACACCAGCGAAUUCAUACUGGGGAGAAGCCAUUCACUUGCUCCAAAUGUGGAAAGGGAUUUGCUCAGUCAUCCAACCUGGUAGUGCACCAACGAAUUCACGCUGAAGAAAAGCCAUUAAACUGCACUCACUGUGGAAAGAGUUUCAGGUCUUCUUCCAAUCUCAUUGCACAUCAGCGCACUCAUACAGGGGAGAGAAGGUUCAUCUGUUCUGUGUGUGGGAAGGGAUUCACUCAGUCAGCCAGCCUCAUAUUACACCAGCGAAUUCACAGUGGGGAAAUGCCAUUCAGCUGCACUCAGUGUGGAAAGCAGUUCAGACAUUCAUCCACCCUCAGUGCACACCAACGAGUUCAUUCUGGGGAGAAGCCAUUCAUUUGCUCCGUGUGUGGGAAAGGAUUCACACAUUCAUCUGGCCUUUGGUCUCACAAGCGAGUUCACACGGGGGAGAGGCCGUGGAAAUGUGAGGACUGUGGGAAGGGAUUCAAUUACCCAUCUGACCUGGAGACACAUCAGCGCAGUCACACUGGGGAGAAACCGUUCACCUGUCCUCAGUGUGGGAAGGCCUUCACUCAGUCAUCCACCCUCCUCAAACAUCAGCGUGAUCACAAUGGCCACAGGCCAUUCACCUGUCCUGAGUGUGGGAAGGGAUUCACUCAGUUUUCCAACUUCUUGGGUCAUCAGAGAACUCACACUGGGGAGAGGCCAUUUAGCUGCGCAGAGUGUGGGAAGGGGUUCACUCAGUCAUCCCAUCUGAUGGCACACCAGCGAGUUCACACUGGGAACAGACCUUUCACCUGCUCCGAAUGUGGGAAGGGAAGCUCUCAGUUAUCAGAUCUGCUGAAACACCAGCGGGUUCACACUGGUGAGAGACCAUUCACCUGCUCGGAGUGUGGAAAGGGAUUCACUCAGUCAUCGCACUUGCUGAAACACCAGCGAGUUCACAGUGAUGAAAGACCAUUUGAAUGCCUGCAUUGUGGGAAGCGUUUUAAAAGUUCUGUGGAACUGGUGUCUCAUCAACGCGUUCACAGUGAUGAGAGACCUUUUAAAUGCCGAGACUGUGGGAAGUGCUUUAAAACUUCUGGGGAACUGGUAACCCAUCAACGCGUUCACACUGACGAGAGGCCGUUCAGAUGCUCUCACUGCGGCACUGGGUUCAGGAAAUCAUCUCAACUCACUGUACACCAGCGAAUUCACACUGGGGAGAGGCCGCUCAGCUGCUCCAACUGUGGGAAGAGAUUUAACCAUUUGUCCAAUCUACUAAAACACAAGCGUAUUCACACUGGGGAAAAGCCAUUCACCUGCUCUGAAUGUGGGAAAAGAUUCACUCAGUCUUCCCAUUUAUUGAGGCAUAAGCGAGUUCACAAGUAACUACCGUGAUUGGGUUUGGCUGUUAGUCACAUCUGACCCAUGUUAAUUGGGGUGUAUUUCUGUGGAUGUUUAACAGUUCCAGCUGUUCAUGU